AUGGAGGGAAGCAGAUCAGAAACUUCUGCAGCUGAAGAGAAUGAGGAAAUAAUUUAUACGUCUGUCAGAUUCUCUCAGACUCCUCUGCCUAGGACCAGUGCUGCACGGGAAAAAAGAGCUCCCUGUCUGUGGCCGGAAGUUGUGCCAGGCUUGGCUAUCGGCUUUGGGAUACUGAGCAUCUCCCUAGCGAUUGCUUUGAUAUGGAAGAUAAGUAACUCUCAGCCACGCUGCCCUGAGCAGUGGGUCGCCUACAGAGGGAGCUGCUACUCCUUCUCCAGGCAGAAGAAGGACUGGCGUUCCAGCCGGCUGUCCUGCGGGACACAGGGAGCUCAUCUCCUAGUGAUCAGUGAUACUUGGGAAAUGGAGCUGUUCAAGAGUAUUCAACCAGAAUGUUUCUGGAUUGGACUGAGGAACAGCACAGGCUCUGGAUGGAUUUGGGAAGAUGGCUCUAUAUUCGAUGGCACCAACAUCCUCUCUAACAGCCCUGUGCAACGUUGUGCUGUCCUGAUGAAGGAUCACUUCCAGGCCUCCAGCUGUGAAUUUGCUGCUCCAUGGAUCUGUGAGAAGUCUCUUAGAUAAAUCCCAUGUGCAUUUUCAUCUCAUAACUGUCUCCUCAGUGGUACAAGUGGAUCAUUGUCCUGCAAACCAAAGGUCUACACAAGACUAAGGAUUUGCCUAUUUCACACCCUCACAAAGGUGUUUUGCAGGGAUGGUUUUGUUGCCCAUAAUGGUGAGUUGUCAUCAGCAGUAGAUCCAUUCUCAAUCAACAUGUGUUGGCUUACUGCUAUUUAUGACCAGAUGAGACCCGGAACAUAUUCCCUGGCCUAGUCUUUGCCUUGUGUGUCAUAUAAGGGCAAACAAAAUUUUUGUCACAACAGAUGCUGGGUCUUAAGAUCUCUGAGGGUGAGCUGGCCAUUACUCCAUUCCUGAGUGUCAGAUUUAAUUUCCAUACCCUGCAUCUCCAUUGUCUGAUGCUAGGAGGACUGGGAAAAUGAAACCUGGUUUCCAAUGCUGAAAACGUGUAAACAGGGUUCUACCAGUGGCAGCCUCUCCUUUUGCAUUCCAGUACUAUGAGUAUGAGAGAAGAAACGAGACUUCAACUUCUGUAAAUCCAGCAGUGAAAAUAAACUGCUAGUACUGCAUUGGACCCAAAGUAUGCACCCAUGUCAUUACUUUGCUGAAAGGAGCCAGCUGCACUCCAUGCUUUAUAGGCCAGCUUCAACAAAAUGAGUCAAGAGGCUGGAACUUCUGGAGUCAAAGGAAGACAGUUAAUCAUGUGUUAUUAUUGAAUUGACCAAGACCAUGUUUCUCUCUCUUCCUCUACAAUUUCAUAACUGCAGAGAGGGGAAGCAGUGGACAAAUCCUUACUACAAGGAGCUUUCAGCUCAAAUAGAUCAGAGAGAGACUAAGAUUGUGAACAGCAUAAAACCACAGUGAACAUUAAGCGUGGGACAGUAGGUUGCAUUUCCAUACACUUGAAAAGUCUUAACUCUUUUCUCCAGUCAGAGAUUUUGUUCCAACAAAGGAAGACAAAUGUUAUUAAUUUCCAAUUUAUUUUACU